AGCGUUGGGUUCGCGAGCAGCGCUGGCCACUGCGGGCUUCCGAGGCGCUCCGGGCCGUGAGAAAACCCCUAGCCGCGACCAGUGGCAGUAGCCGGAAGCCAAUCGCUGUUCCAGAAGCGGGGCUGGCGGAGAGUUCAGCGCAGCAGCGGCCGUUCUCGGAUUCCUGGCUUCCAGAGCGUCCUGGAGCCUCGAGAGGCACGUCAAGGUUCUAGAACCUACCGUGCUGCCCCGGGUCCUGGCUUCCUUCGUGUCCGUCCAAGCCCCCGCUCUGGUGCACAGGUCGUUGGCGAGCCGCGGCUCGAUCUAGGCACACCAUGAUCGUUGCGGGCUCCGAGGGUGGCCCCGAGCUCAAGGGCUACCUGCCGUUCGCCCGGAGCGGCGGCGGCGCUGAGGUCGGAGAGGAGCCCAGGGAGAGCCGCUCGCAGCGAGGCCCUCGGGGGCCCAGCGCCUUCAUCCCAGUGGAGGAGGUCCUUCGGGAGGGGGCUGAGAGCCUGGAGCAUCACCUGGGGCUAGAGGCCCUGAUGUCUUCGGGGCGGGUGGACAACUUGGCUGUGGUCAUGGGCCUGCACCCGGACUACUUCAGCACCUUCUGGCGCCUGCACUACCUGCUGCUGCACACGGAUGGGCCCCUGGCCAGCUCCUGGCGCCAUUACAUAGCCAUCAUGGCUGCCUCCCGCCACCAGUGCUCCUACCUGGUGGGCUCCCACAUGGCUGACUUCCUGCAGACGGGCGGUGACCCUGAAUGGCUGCUGGGUCUCCACCGUGCCCCCCAGAAGCUGCGCAAACUCAGUGAGAUCAACAAGCUGCUGGCGCAUCGGCCGUGGCUCAUCACCAAGGAGCACAUCCAGGCCCUGCUGAAGACGGGUGAGCACAGCUGGUCGCUGGCUGAACUCAUCCAGGCCCUGGUCCUGCUCACCCACUGCCACUCGCUGGCCUCCUUCGUGUUUGGCUGUGGCAUCCUUCCCGAGGGGGACACGGACGGCAGCCCGGCCCCACAGGCCCCUUCUCCCAGUGAGCAGAGCACCCCCCCUAGCAGAGAUCCACUGAACAACUCUGGGGGCUUUGAGGCCGCUGCCCGGGAUGUGGAGACGCUGAUGGAACGGCUGCGGCAGCUUCAGGAGAACCUGCUGCUGCAGGAGGGGGCGUCCCAGGAGGAGAUGGAGAACCGCUUCGAAUUGGAGAAGUCGGAAAGCCUGCUGGUGACUCCCUCAGCGGACAUCCUGGAGCCCUCUCCACGCCCAGACAUGCUGUGCUUUGUGGAAGACCCCACUUUUGGAUAUGAAGACUUUACCCGAAGAGGGGCAGAAGCACCCCCGACCUUCCGGGCCCAGGACUACACCUGGGAAGACCACGGCUAUUCGCUCAUCCAGCGGCUCUACCCCGAAGGUGGCCAGCUGUUGGACGAGAAGUUCCAGGCGGCCUAUGGUCUCACCUACAACACCAUUGCCAUGCACAGUGGCGUGGACACCUCCAUGCUCCGCAGGGCCAUCUGGAACUACAUCCACUGUGUCUUUGGCAUCAGAUAUGACGACUAUGACUAUGGGGAGGUGAACCAGCUCCUGGAACGAAACCUUAAGGUCUACAUCAAGACGGUAGCCUGCUACCCAGAGAAGACCACCCGGCGGAUGUACAACCUCUUCUGGAGGCAUUUCCGCCACUCCGAGAAGGUCCACGUGAACUUGCUGCUCCUGGAGGCUCGGAUGCAAGCCGCCCUGCUCUACGCCCUCCGUGCCAUCACCCGCUACAUGACCUGACUCCUACACCGGACCUGGCCCUGGAACAACUGGCCCUGCAAAGACUUCUCUGCCUGGAGACAGACCCAGACUCGUCCUUGGCCCAUGCCCGCCCAGCCCCCUCUGGGUGUGGGCAUGCGUGUGACCUGCAGCCCCGAGCCACACCCUCCCUUUUCUCACUGCAAUGGACAGGAUCAUCACACGGACUCUGGGAUCCCGGCACUGCUCCUUGGGAGCCAGGAGAGGACAAGGAGACUUCAAGGGGCCACCCCACAAGCUCUGGGGCCUCCCUGGACUGGAAGUCCCUGGCUGGCCCUGCGGAAGGGGCAGACGCCUCCUCCAGGGACUGACACUCCAGGCGGCUCUGCCCUUCUGACCCCUCCUUCCCAGAACUCAUUACCUCCCGCCUGCCAUUCCCCCAUCAAUGUGAAAGCCAGGGUCCCAGCUGGUCUGUGUGCCUGGCUCCCCUUAACCCUGCUCUGCUGGGUAGUCUGAGGCCCCUCGUUCCCCACUGCCCCAUCCAAGUGUAGCUCUUUCGACCUUCUUCUCCCUCUUAACCCGUUAUGCCCGUCCUGGGUGUGUGGGACCCAGCACAUGUGUCUCCAGAGACUUUGGGCCUCUGCCAGUGGCUCCGCCUUCUGGAGAAGCGGGCGUCUUCGAUGACUGGUUCUCUGCUUCUUGGUCCUCGAUGGUUGCUCAGAUCUCCUCAGGGGCCUCUUCCCAGGAGUCCAUAUCAGGGGGAGCAGGGAUGGGAGAAUCUUUUCUCCUCAGGACUGCGCCCACCCUGCAGAGACUGGCACCACGCUAUCUCUCGUGGCUCGGCCACAAGUGUUUGCCAAAAACACUUUCGAACCUUUCAUGGUGGCUCAGAGAGCACCGUGUGGCCCAAGGGAGAGCCGGGAGUCACCAGUAUUCUUGUUUGGGGCCCGGCACCAGCCUGGUGACCAUGGCUAUGUUGCCAAACCACCUUGACCUCCAUUUCCACAGCUGCAGACCAAGGGGCAGAUGGAGAUUUCCAAGCUGUCUGACUCUUCACCCUGCGAGUCCCAGGCCAGCAGCAAACAGACUUCCAGGCAGGAUCUCGAAGGCCUCUGGGGACAUCCGGCUGCUCUUUCCCGGUGUCUGUUUCUUGCCCUCAAUGGACGAGAGGCAGGCUGCGGCAUGGUGGACUGAUCCCAGCCACUUUCUGUAACAAACAAGCUGUGAAUUCUGGCUUCUCUGGCCCUGUUUCCGGCAGCAUAUGCCUCCCCUCUGCCCAGCUUGGAGGUGGCCAAAGAAAGGGAAGGGCCAAGAUGCUGCCACCACCCUUCCCCACCCGGAAGUGGGGUAGGAGAGGAGCUGGGCCAGUGCCACAUUUCAUACCCGCGCAGGCACGGGAAGCCACGGGCACCUCCUCCAGCCCCUCCCCACAAAGAAGCUGGCAAGUGGGAAAGGGCCUGAGCAUGGGAGUGUGUAUCCUGGAGGAGAAGGGGUGACCCUGAGAAAAGCCCCCUGGUGGGUGGGGAGAGAUGCCCAGUGUUAAGUACAGAAACCUUUGGCUUUGUUAUUCGUGUCGACAAAUAAAGGUUCACGGAGGUUUGGUUUUGUA